CUCAUGCAGUUUUGUGGAUGCCUGACUCGGCGGCGGAAACGCCGUCGGCCGGCCGCUGGUUCGGCCCAGGGGGCGUGAAGCUUAAUACGGCCGCGUGGCAGCGUCACGGCAUCGACACGCCUGCGUCCCGUAACGAAGCCAGCUGGACCUUCCACACCACGCCGCCAACCUCGCACCACUUGCGCAACUACCCAUCCGUGCGCGAACACAGCGAAUGGUACGCCAGCCACAUUGACGAGUUACUGCGCCAGGGCCUGGUGGAGGCGUACGACAGCAAGCAGCAUGGCCCCCUGCGCAACUUUGCAGCCACUAUCAACCCACUGCAUGUUGUCAGCAAGGCGGAUGGCAACCUGCGCCCGAUCAUCGACCCUACCGCUUCGGGGGUGAACGACUGCAUGACCAAGCUCCCCUGCCCGCUGCCCGACCUCGCCUCAAUUCUGGAGCAUUUGCCGUUCCAAGGGGCGCUAGGCAAACGGGACCUCGCAUCUGGUUUCCACCACAUCAAGUGCAGCCCGGAAGCACGCCGGUACAUGGCCUUUAGGCAUCCCACCACGGAGGCAGUCCUGCGUUGGGUGGUGCUGCCCUUCGGCGCCAGCCAAUCGCCCCCAAUCUUUGUGGAGUUAACCAACGCCGCGUGUGCCAUCUUCCAAGCGGAGUGCGACCGGCGGGGGCUACGGGUCAAGCUCUUCUGCUUCGUCGACGACUACAUCAUCCUAGGGGUGACCCAUGCAGACGUCGUUGGCGCCUUCGCGGUCAUGGACGAAAUAGGUGGCGAGCUGGGGCUGGAGUGGAAGACCAGCAAGGACCGCGGACGAAACGAGCACCUGCGGCAGCUCGACUUCCUGGGUAUGCUGUUCGACACCGAGAAGAUGGAGAUGCGCAUCUCGCCGGACAAGCGGCAGCGCUACGCGGCGGACGUGCGCGCCCUCCUGGACGCGGCAGCUACCGGACCAGUGCAGCGGCACCUCCUGGAGUCCACCGUCGGCCGCUUAACGUUCAUAGCCCGGGCAUGCCGCUGGGGUUUCACGUUCAUGCAGGGCCUCUACGACAGCCUCUUCUGCCCCACCCGCCCGCCGGCCACUGUCGGCCUGGCGGCGGACGCAGUAGAAGACCUGGCUUUCUGGUGGCAGGUGCUACGGGCGGAUUCCUCUGUCUGGGACGGGGUAAAGCGCUCAGCGGGCAUCGGUUUGGACCUAGUGAGGGGGGAGUUUAUCGGCCAGGAUGGGGCCGUCCUCUUCACGGACGCUAGUGGGCGUGGGUUUGGCGCAGUCUGGGGGGAGGCGGAGGUGCAAGGGGCAUGGUCAGAGGAGGAGCGUCAGCUGCACAUCUCGUGGCUGGAGCUCAAGGCGGUCCUCAGAGCGCUGCAGUCAUGGGCCGCCAGCCUUGCCGGGCGCCGGGUGCUGGUGCGUUGUGACAACACCCAAGCCGUAGCAGCCAUCAACCACGGCUCCACCCGCAUCCCAGAGGGCCGCAGCCUUAGCCGCCAAAUUGCAGAGCUUGCGAUUAGCUCAGGGUUCGAGGUCCGGGCUGAGCACAUUCCCGGCGUGGACAACGGCCAGGCCGACCGCCUCAGCCGCCGCCUUGACAGCGCCCAGGAUCAGAACCUGCGGCUGAAGGCCAGCAUCUUCAGGGAGCUAUGCCGCAAGUUCUCUCUCCGGCCCACCGUCGACUGCUGCUGCGACGCCCAUGGCUCCAACCGGCAGCCCGGCUGUGAGGUGUUCUACAGCGCGGGGCGGUCGGUGCUUGGCCAGGAGGCCGAGCUGGCGGGCAAGGCGCUGUGGGCCUUCCCACCCCAGGCCCUGGUGGGGGAGGUGCUAGCGACCCUCGUGGCAGCGGCACGGCGUGACUCGCGGACGCGGGCGGUUGUGGUGGUGCCUUUCUGGCCGGAGCGGGGGUGGUUCCGGGCCUUCGUCCGUAGCCGAUCCGCACCAUUCCGGGUCGCCCAGGUGCUGCCCAGGGGCGGCCGCCUCUGCGUUUGGCCCUGGGGCGACGAGGCGGGUCCUUCUCCUUACGAUAUGCUGGUCUUACGCCUGCCCUGACCGAAUUCCGAUCCGCGUUUGCGCCCCCAUGGCGAUUGUAGAGGGUGGCGGGAGCUGCGAGGCCUGCGUGCGGCGCACCUCCGUGGGGGACUUGCGCUGUGAGACAUGCGACAUACGGGCACAUCGCCGCUGCCUGGGACUGCCGCCGGGCUCGUACCCCGGCGGCUGGUUCCGCUGCAUCCACUGCAUCCUGGCGGCGGCGGGUUUUCCGGCAGGGGCUGCGGGCGGUCGGCAGGAGGCACUCGCGGCGAGGCUGGUGGCGCUAGCGGGAAGCGCCGUGUCGGCGGGUUCAGCAGGGACGUACGAAUCCCAUCGCCGCCGCUACGCGGCCUUCUGCGCUGCUCUGGGCUUACCCAUGAGGGCGGCUUUCCCACCUGCGCGGGGCGCGGACCUCAGCCCCGAGCUGGUGAGCCUGUUCAUCGCCCAUGAGGCCGACCGUGUGGCCCCCUCAACGUUGUCAGGCACCAUUAGCGCCCUUGCGGACUGGCAGCGCGCGAAGGGUUUUCCGGCGGAGGCCUCCAUCCGCCGGAACCCAUUGGUGCAACGCACGCUGAGGCAGGCGUGGCGUGCCCGGGCGCCGGCGGCAGCCGCCACAGCUGGCGGCGAUGCAGGGGCCGAGCCGCUGCCGCAACGUACGAAGGAGGCGUUCCCGGUGCCGCUUCUGCGGCUCCUAUUGGGCUGGCUGGCAGCGACGGCGGACGGGGCGCCAGCGCGCCGAGCGGAGCUCGAGCAGGAUGCGUGUUGGCUGGUGGUGGGUUUCUUUGGGAUGCUGCGGAGAAGCGAGCUGGCGGGGCUGCGGCUAGGUGACGUGCAUUCGCUGACUGGUGGGGUUCACGUGGUGCGGAUAACGAGGAGCAAGACCGAUCAGGUUGGGGCAGGGGUGGAUGUGCACCUGGGGGCAUCGUCUGGCAGCGGAGUACGCAUCGGGCGCAUUAUAGGGCGCCACCUAGAGCGGGCCCGCUCAGGGGGGGCGGAGCCCAGCGCGCCGCUCUUCACGCGGGGCCCCCAGUGGGGACCGGGGUCGGAGGCUUGGCGGAAGGAGGGGUUUACGCGUAGGCUUAGGGCGCUCUUAGGAGAGAUGCAGCGCGCCCUGCCACAAAUAGCCGGGCGGGUACCAGAUUACGCGUCCCACAGCCUGAGAAGGGGGGGAGCCACGGCUGCAGCGGAAGGGGGGGCCUCUGGAGAGCAGAUCAAGGCGCACGGGAGGUGGCGGUCGGAGGCGGUGAGCGCGUAUAUCCUCCCCUCCGCGGCGGCUAAGGCCCGCAUUGUGGGGUGCAUGUGAGGUGACGAGGCGUGCGGUGGGUGACAGGGUAAGGGGGGUCCUCUCUAGGCGUGCAUGCAUGCGGAAGCGCGCCUAGAGCCUAAUACGCCGGGGCGGGUUUUGGGGGCUAGAGCCCAUCCGCGCCCGGCUGUUGGUUUUCCCCCUCUCCUGUUGUUCCCCGGAGAGGGUAGGGUGAGGUAUCGGCUAGGUAGCAAACUUGGUUAGUUACAGAGUUGGGUCUCUUAGACGCUGUUCGGAGUCUGGGCCCGCAGGCCAGGUCCCAGGCGGUGUAAGUUGAUGAGGGGUGCGACUCCUCUGGCACUGGAGUGUGUGCGACAAAAGUAUCAUUUUGAGUGUCAACUAAAAAUGGGGUUUUGGAGCGCAUGUACGACAGGGAGCAGAGCAGUCGCCACCAGGCUUGCGAGUGGACGGUGCUAGACGUUUUGACCUUGGUUAAACAGUUUGCCCUCAGCUGGCCUUUCAGGUCUUUGCCGCUGAGUUUCCGUGCGCAGUUAGGAAGGCGCUGACUUUUGCGUAGUUGCAGACAGUUCUUAAGUAUGGCUGCAGCUGUAGGUAGGCGAGCCUUUUGUUUCCCACCCUCCCACCCCUACUCUCUCCGGGGUCCUCUCUAGGCGUGCAUGCAUGCGGAAGCGCGCCUAGAGCCUAAUACGCCGGGGCGGGUUUUGGGGGCUAGAGCCCAUCCGCGCCCGGCUGUUGGUUUUCCCCCUCUCCUGUUGUUCCCCGGAGAGGGUAGGGUGAGGUAUCGGCUAGGUAGCAAACUUGGUUAGUUACAGAGUUGGG